ACAACAGUAAAUGAAACAAAGAGAUAGGCUGAACAAAGUUUUUCACUCUGCAGGCUGUCUUAAAAAAAAAAAUAAGAAGAAUAAAUAUUUAUGACCACUAGUUGACUCUUUCUUAUCAUUCUGCUCUUUACCUUAGUAAAUGUUUAAUCUUGUUUCAGAACUUUCCUGUGUUGACAGGUUAUUAUAAAUAAGGGAUGCUCAGAAUGUUUGGUGGUGACAAACCUGCUGUAUAAAUCUUUUGUUGCAGCUGCAAGAAAAACGAUUUCUGGCUAAAAUUUAACAAUGGGUAACAAGACACCUUCAAGAAGCAAUUCAGGAUGUCUUAACGAAAUAAACAAAGCAACAAUAUUCAAACAGGAACAGCCCCAAACCUGGUGUUGCUGUUGUGAAAAACAGGUGUCAUACAGAAUCCCAGCUCUCGUCUAUCUCAGUGUCGACCAAACCUUCCUUGCCUUUGCUGAAAAGAGAAAAACAUUAAGUGACACAAACGCAGAAGUGCUUGUGCUGAGAAGAGGAACAUGGAAGGAUGCCAAGAAUCAAGAGGUUGAGUGGGACAGUGGGCAUCAGGUGCUCUCUUCAGCUUGUCUACCAAACCACCGCAGCAUGAAUCCAUGUCCGGUCUAUGAAAGAGAAUCCAAGACCCUCUUUCUGUUUUUUGUUUGUGUUCCUACUCGGGUCUCUGAAUAUGAACAAAUACGGACAAACAAGAGCCAGGGACGACUUUGUUACGUUACCAGUACAGAUGCUGGCAAAACCUGGAGCCAUACUAUAGACUUGACAGCAGAUGUGAUCGGUGAGAAGAUGAAAGAAUGGGCUCCAUUUGCUGUUGGACCAGGACAUGGUUUUCAAAUGAAGAGUGGAAGACUGAUUAUCCCAGCAUAUGCUUAUCGGUACACAGGCAAACCUGAUUGCACAUCAUGUUGUUGCUUAUCGUUUUGCUGUUUCACUCCUUAUGCCUUAGCAUUCUACAGUGAUGAUCAAGGAAUCACAUGGAAGGUGGGGAACCAAAUGGAUGUUGAGUCGUGUGAGUGUCAGAUGGCUGAGAUCAUUGACGAGAAAGGUAUGAGUACUCUGUACUGCAAUGCCCGAACCCGUCUUGGCUACAGAACGGAGGCACUAAGCUACAACUCUGGAGAGGAUUUUAGCACAGUUUUAUCCCCAAACAAGCUGAUAGAGACCGGAAAGGGAUGCCAAGGGAGUGUGUUGAGUUUUCUAGAACAGAGUAGUCCUCCAAAGACAUGGUUGCUCUAUUCUCAUCCGUCCAAUCCAAAAAACAGAGUAGAUCUUGGUCUCUACUUGAAUAAAACCCCAGUGGAUUCCUCAGGGUGGCCAGAUGCACCUAUAAUGAUAUUGCAUCAUGGUCCCAGUGCGUAUGCAGAUCUGGUAGAGCAUGAACCUGGACGCUUUGCUUGUCUCAUGGAGUGUGGAAAUGAACAUGAGAAUGAAGAAAUAGCCUUUUUGCUGUUCGAACUCCCUGUGAAAAAGCUGUAAAAGUGUUCAUUUUAUAGUAGUGGUAGUACCUGCAAAUGAAUACAAUACAUCUAAUCACAACAAAUCCAUAUUUUCUCUGUUUUUGUAGCUGAAAACUGCUUCUAUAAAUACUGAUUUGGAAAAUGGGAUUUAUAUGGAACCAAACAAAUGCAUUAUAUAUACAGAUAAUUAGAAUAAUAGUAAUUAUCAGAUAUUUAGAAGUUAUGUAUUAUAUAUAAUUAUUGAACAGAUCUAACAAUUCACAUUCAAUUUAUAUAAUAGACAAUCUGAUGAAUAUAUGGAUUUAUAUCUCUGAUUUGCUUUCGAUGCAUUUGCGGCAGAUAUAUUUAAAUAAACUUUCA